AUGGAAAGUAUUUUUCAUCAACUCGUAGCUGCAUUGCACGAAUCUCCUUUAUCAACUGAUGUUCUUGAUCAAAUAGUCGUUUUACUUCAACAACAAACUGAUCAAUCCGCCUCCAGUUUUGUUACCAGCACAUAUGCAUCGUUACUUAUUCUCGAACGAUGGGCAUGGGAACUAUUUAGUCAAGAGUCUCAUGGAUGGAUGGACGAACCAUCCUACCAACAACUUUUGCAAACUCUUGCAAUAUUCAACGAGAAGAUAAUUUUUAACUGUGGCGAAAUAGACAUGGAGAAGAAAGGUUCUCUUCUAUUCUCUGUAACGAUUGAGCAAGUCAAUAGUGUAUUCAUGCAUAUUGAACGAAGUACCUACGAUAAUGAUCCGUUUAUUGCUUUCAUCAGUAUAUGGUUCGACAAUCACGCAAAAUUUGCUUUUGAUAAUCUGGAAUACACGUCGCCAAUAAUUAAUUAUAUCGGUCGAUAUGUUUUUAAUAAAUAUAUUAAGAGUAAAGAAUACAAAAUCUUUUUAACUCAACUUCGACAACCACAUUUAUCACAUACAAUAUUUACAACGAAGUUUUUAUUCUACAUUGCAACAUGCCCAUCGUACUUCAAUUUGUAUUUAGUUCAUGAAGCUAAGAUGUUUUAUGACUACGCUGACGAUAUUGUACAAUGCUUCUGCGAAGACUAUUUAGAAAUAAUUCGUGUUCAUAGUUAUAGUUUUGCAUCUUGGUGUAAAGAGUUGGUGUCGUGUAUCGCACGACAUAUUAGCCUAACUGUUGGAUGUUGUUGGUUGGAUGGCGAGAAUCAACCACACAUGAAAGCAGUUUUUCCUACAGAAAAAGCUGUACAUGAUCAUUUUGAAGAUCUGCUUCGUAUUCUAUCUUAUGAGCCAUUAUAUGCACAAAUAAGAAUCAAACGCUCAAAUGAUGAAACAGUUCUAGUGGGCUCCAGUUUAACAUAUUUUUUGUUAAUAGUACAAAUGAGAAAUAUGGAUUGGCUUUCUGAUUUAAAUGCAACAUUAAGAAAUACUAUUCUAUCUGUAAUUGACACCACGACUAAUGAUGAGAUGGCUACAUGUUGUUAUGCUGUGCUAUGCGAAAUCCUGACUGACGAGGAAUUGAAAGAUUUGAAAAUAUCAGAUAAUAUUUGUAAUUAUUUCCUUCAAUUGCUCGAACAUACUUGGAAUAAAACGAAGAAGUAUGAACAUGUACCCAUAAUGGUGGUGCUCAAAGCUUUUCAAACGCUAUCAAAAAAUGAUACAAUGCAACAAAAGAUCGCUCAUUCGGAUAGAAUAUAUUUACUUAUUGAAAUGUGCGAUGAAUAUCCAAUUGUUUACGAUAUCAUAUGGGCGUUUUCAUUCAAUAAGGAUAUUCAACAACAACUGCGUUCUAAUUCACCAUUUAUAUGUAAGCUAACUCAACUAUCUCGACGACUAGAGAAUAAACAAAUGAGUAAAAUAAUUGAUGGAAUUCUAUGGAAUCUUGAAAUCAAUCACGAAAAUCGUUCAAUGACAGAUAAACACAAUACGAAAGAAUUCGAUAUAAUGAUUAGUUACUCGCAUAAAGAAAAAGUUCUGUGUAAACAAAUCUAUGAGGAAUUGACCAAAGCUGGUUAUCGAGUUUGGAUUGAUUUCGAUCAAAUGCAUGGAAAUGUGAUGGAUGCGAUGGCACAAGCCAUUGAACAGUCGAAUACAGUUAUUAUGUGUAUGAGUGAACAGUAUCGAAAAAGUAAUUAUUGUCGAGCUGAAGCACAAUAUGCAUUUCAAUGUGAACGGAGAAUAGUUCCGAUUCUUCUACAGAAACAAUAUAAACCUGAUGGAUGGCUCUUGUUUAUUAUCGGUCAAUUACUCUAUGUUGAUUUUAACAAGUAUGAAUUUUCACGAGCCAUGCAAAUGUUACAUAAAGAAUUGAAAGUUGAAUUCAUGAUCGAGACUGAUGCAAAAGCGGUUGGAGAGAAGGAAGAUACGGUGGUAGCGCACUCUACUGCAUAUAUCUCUCCACCCGAAAUAUCGAUACCAUUAAUCGUCUCGGAAAAUAUUCUUGAAUGGACACAAGCACAAGUACAAGAUUGGCUAUUAGGACAUAAUCUUCGUCAAAUGUCUCGUCUUUUCACUGGUUGUAAUGGUCGUGGUUUGGUGUAUCUAAGCAAAUACAUAAAGAACUGUGAAUCUGAACAAGUGUUGAAGUUACUCGAAGCAGAUUCAGUUCGACGAAUAAAUGAAAGCAUAUCGUUAAUCGAGUUAUCAUGUUUUCAAUCUUUACUGCAUGAACAAAAAAAACUUCUGCAAUCUAUGAUUCAAAGAUAA